AUGAUAAAAUACACAGUACGGAGGCUCCCAAAGCCAUCUAGAAUAAGGCCCCCAAGUUAUGUACUCCGACCACUCAUAGCUCCGCCUAGGCAACCUGCUCCCUUUUCCCCCCGAUACACAAGCUUCAAGGUCCAGCUGAGAGACUAUCAAGAAGAGUGCAUCCAGUCUGUCUUGCAAUCCCUCAAAGAUGGACACAAGAGACUGGGAAUAUCGUUAGCUACGGGCAGUGGAAAAACGGUGAUUUUUACUCAGUUGAUCGAGAGAAUCCAACCGAGGCGAGGCCGCGCUACGCAGACUCUGAUCCUCGCGCACCGGCGUGAGCUUGUGGAGCAAGCAGCGCGACACUGCACAAAUUCCUACCCCAACAGCUCUGUGGAGAUUGAGAUGGGCUCCAUCCAUGCCUCCGGCACCGCGGACAUCACUAUAGCCAGCCUGCAGAGCAUCACCUCGGGUGACCGGCUGAGCAAGUUUGCGCCGGAGGGCUUCAAGCUCGUACUCGUAGAUGAGGCCCAUCACAUCGUCGCACCGGGCUACAUGCGCGUGCUCCGCCACUUCGGGCUCGAUAUCAAGCGCGCCGACUCCCCAGCACUGGUUGGUGUGUCCGCCACCUUUUCCCGAUUCGAUGGGCUCAAGCUAGGGGCUGCCAUAGACCAGAUCGUCUAUCACAAGGACUACGUCGAUAUGAUCGGCGAUAAGUGGCUGUCGGACGUUGUCUUCACGACAGUGGAGUCAACGGCCGACAUAUCCAGGGUCAAAAACGGCGCCAACGGCGACUUCCAGCAAGGGGACCUAUCCCGUGUGGUCAACACGGAUCAGAUCAACGACAUCACCGUCAGGAGCUGGUUGGCCAGGGCAUCGGACCGGAAGUCGACCCUUGUGUUCUGUGUUGAUCUUGCACACGUUGCCGGGCUGACCCAAACGUUUCGGAAGCAUGGCUACGAUGCCAGGUUCGUAACCGGUGACACACCCAAAGUAGAGAGAAGCCAUAUGCUCGAGGCGUUCAGGAAGGGAGAGUUCCCCGUGCUCGUGAACUGUGGUGUGUUCACUGAGGGCACCGACAUCCCCAACAUCGACUGCGUGGUCCUCGCGCGGCCGACACGAUCCAGAAAUCUGCUGGUCCAAAUGAUCGGGAGAGGAAUGAGACUGCACGAGGGAAAGCGCGACUGUCACGUAAUCGACAUGGUGUCAAGUCUGGAGACCGGCAUAGUGACCACACCUACACUGUUCGGCCUCGACCCAGGGGAGGUCGUCAACAAGGCGUCAUCGGCAGAUCUGAACGACAUCAAGGACCGGAAGCAGGCGGAGCAGCUCAGGCAGCAGCAUGCUUAUUCCGACGCCCGGGACCCUCAACCUACUGCCGUUACAUCAGUCACUUUCACGGACUACAACUCCGUAUUCGACCUCAUCGAGGACACCUCGGGUGAAAAGCACAUCCGGGCCAUCAGCCAGUACGCCUGGGUCCAAGUUGGCGCCGACAGAUAUGUGCUUUGCGCCCCGAGCGGAUCGUUCAUCCGCCUCUCCAAGCUCGAAUCCGACGCCGCCUCCAAAACCGAACAGCAACCUCCCCUUUGGCUUGCCGUCGAAGUUCGCGCCCUACCCGCCGGCGUCGCCAAGUCCCCCUACGCCGCACCCCGGGAGCUCCUCAAAGCGACAACCUUCGCCGACGCCGUCCACGGCAGCGAUAAGUAUGCCUCCGAGACGUUCCCGCACGUCUUCAUCCACCGGUACCAGCGUUGGCGCAAGGGGCCACCCACGCCCGGCCAGAUCGAGUUUCUCAACAAGCUGCGCCCCAAGGAGGAGCCCCUGACGGCCGACGACAUCGACAAAGGGAAAGCCACGGAUAUGAUCACCAAGAUCAAGCACGGGGCCAAGGGCAGGUUCGCGGGCAUCAUGACGGAGAAGCGUAAGGUUCAGCGGCAGCAUCACAAGAUUUCCCAGCAUGAGGCGCGAGCACGGCACGAGAAGGUGUCUGUCGGCCCAGUUGAUUCGUGA